AAAAACACUUAACUCUCGUUAAACUGGCUGUAUCAUUGACAAUUAGCAGUUUGGACUCGUAGUUUUACUAAAAUUGAUAUAAAAUCGCGGACAUGAAACGCCGUUAACGAGUUUUCAAGAUGGCGUCUCUCUUGAAAACUGUGUGUUUACCAGGCACAAUUUCGUGCCGUAUCACGAAAUGGAAGGUCAAAUCUGGUUCAAAGGUAAAUCAGGGGACUGUUCUUGCUGUCUACGAACAAGAGAAAGCAGAAAAUGGUAACACAAAUGCAUCAGAGAAGUUAAAAUUGAAAUCAACGGAGGUGGGGACCGUUUACGAUUUGUUGGCGAAAGAAGGUCAAGUCGUGCCCCCAGGGCUUGCAGUAGUACAAAUUGAAGGGUGUGCUCAUCCAACAGUAAUGAAAGACAUGUGUGCAGAAUGUGGGGCUGAUUUAAGACAAACCGAAGGCAAUCCAGGUGAACGUGUUUGGGCAACCACUGCAUCCAUAUCUAUGGUUCACAGUGUUCCAGAAUUACAAGUCAGUCAGGAGGAAGCAGUUCAACUCGCAAAAGAAGAUGAGCAAAGAUUGUUGAAGAGUAGAAAAUUAGUGUGCAUUGUUGAUUUAGACCAAACCAUUAUACACACCACAAUGGAUAAUGUACCAGAAAAUCUCAAGGAUGUUUAUCAUUUCCAACUGUGGAGUGGACCACAGUAUCCUUGGUUUCACACCAGAAUACGCCCAAAGUGCAAGGAAUUCCUAGAGAAGAUAUCAAAACUUUAUGAGUUACACAUCUUCACUUUUGGUGCACGUUUAUAUGCUCACAUGAUUGCUGGCUUCAUUGAUCCAGAUAAAAAGUUAUUCUCACACCGUAUUGUAUCUAGAGAUGAAUGUUUUGAUGCCAGCUCUAAGACUGCCAACCUCCAGGCGAUAUUUCCUUGUGGGGACAAUAUGGUCUGUAUUAUUGAUGAUAGGGAAGAUGUCUGGAAUUUUGCACCAAACAUGAUUCAUGUGAAGCCAUAUCAUUACUUUGAAGGAACAGGAGAUAUCAAUGUGCCGUCAGGACUGCAGUGUAAAGAUAUGGAGCAAACUGGAAUGCCAACAGUUGAGCAGGAAAACAACAACAUUCCAAAAUGCAAGGAUCAAGUCGAAGGAAAUAACGGCCAGCAAAGUAAAGCUAAAGAGACAAGUUGUGAAACUGUAAAAGAAGAAGAAACCCCAAUAAAAGACUUGGGUGAAGAGACUGACAAUAAUUGUGAGAAUACCCAGAAAGUUGAAGUUGUGGACUCAGACAUAGCUGGCUCUGUUGAAAAAUGUUUAGGAGAUCCUUUGAAUAAAGGAGAUUCUUCAGAGAUGGGAGAUACUGCAUCACAAUAUUCAGAAAUUGAAAAUGCAAACAAAUCAGAUGUCUCAGAACAUGCACAAAGAAAAAAUGGCAACAGCAAAGAUAAGGACAUUAACAAUAGCCAACAAAUAGACAAUGACAACACUAAAGAGAAAUACAUCAGCAAAGAAAAAGACAAUGACAACAGCAAGGAGAUAGACGAUGACAACGACAAGGAGAAAGACAAUGGCAACAGCAAAGAGAAAGAGAUUUCUACAAAGAAUGAAAAUGAAACAGAAUCAAAAGACUCUCUUCCUGAUAAGGACAAUGACGACUACUUAAUGUAUCUGGAAGACAUCCUUGUGAAUAUUCACACAAAGUUCUACAAUGCAUAUGAUAAAUUGCAGAAAAAUCAGAAUGAUUGCAAUACAUCCAGUGUUCCAGACUUGAAAGAAGUUGUGCCAUCACUGAGGCAGGUUCUGAAAGGGACAAAUAUUUUGUUUAGUGGUGUAUUCCCAACAAACAUGUCUCCUGAAAAAAGUCGUGCAUGGAAAGUUGCUCAGACCUUGGGUGCUAAUGUUCAGUCAUCAUUUGUCCCCAAAUUGAAGGACAAAACCAAUGCUGCUACUGCUACCACUCAUGUAGUUGCUGCCAAAGCAGGAACAGUAAAAGUUAAGCAAGCACAGUGUACAAGAGGAAUUCAUAUUGUGACGCCUGAAUGGUUAUGGUGUUGCUACGAUCGAUGGGAACGUGUUGAUGAGAGGAUCUUUCGAUUGAAAUUGAGUGAUGGUUCAAGUUCAACAUCUAGUAGCAGAAGUAACAGUCCUGCCAUUCGAUCUAAAGACUUUAGAAAGAAACAACUGCCAAUCCAACCUCCGGAGCCACCACCUGUAGCUAUUUAUGAUCCUGUAACCGGGAAAAGAAUCAGGAAAGAUCCAGGAAUUCCAUCAACGCAACCAGGUACCUGUAAGGAGAGUGGAAAAAUUCCUAAGGUAGAAGAGAAAUCUACUAAAUCUCGAAAAGAUUUCAGUCGGCAGCCAAGCAUCUCAGAGACUGUCAAUCCUCUUUACAGUUUUUCAUCAGAUGAGUUGGAAGAAAUGGAUAAAGAAGUAGAAGAUAUUUUUGGAGAGAGUGACAGCGAUAAUAGAGAUGGAUCUGGUUCAUCUAGUAGUGAUUCAGAAACCCUCGGUAGUGCAACUAGACCACCAUCAUCAUCAUCCAGUGGAGAGAGUUUAAGUGGUGAACAUCCUAGAGGAUGGAAAAGAAAGAGACGACCUCGUGAUCAUGAUAACGAUGAAAUUAUUAUACGUCAACAAAAAAGACGACAUGAUAGUAGUUCAAGUGCAGGGCUUAGUGAAGAUGGUGAUGUUAGCAGUGAUGAAGAUAAGAUGGCCGCUGCAAUAGAUGAUCUUCUGACAUACAGUAAAAAACUCUAGAUGAUUAUGAUUUGGUUGAUCGGAAUUAGA